AUGCAUCCGUUACGACCCGGAUCACAAAAGGAGAUCGCUUUGAUAAACUACCUCGACGACAAGCUAUUACGAAUCACCAGGAGACAUGCAAAGAAGUUUAGUAAUGAACGCCGAGACAACGAUGAUACUCCAGGUUAUACUACCUAUGAUGAGUUUGCGACCGAUAUCGAGCCCCUCAUCGAUAUUGUUUGGAUAAGUGGCACCCCAACCAUUCAGAUCCCAUACUUUCUCACCCUAGCCGGACAAAUUUGUUCGUAUCUCGAGGCCUUUCCAUUUUCCACUUCAUUCUUUCCUUUAGCUGGAAAGAUUGAUGAAGGAUUCGCUUCUGUGCUUCGAGCGGCGAACAAUAACAGUCCCGGUGGGUCGCUACCCUUCAAUGUUUCCAUGACUGACAAGGUACGCAUCAAAUCGCUUGUGGAAGAAACUCGGGUGGCAGCUGUGAACGCCGCCUCUGCAAGUGGUUAUGCGGCCAGCGCUCCGGCCAUUUCCGAGAUCGAUUCUGAAGAUGACGAUGACGAUACCGAUAUGGGCGACGACGAUAUUACUGUUCGCACGGACGAGGAGCUCGACGUUUUACCUAUCUCUCUUAGAUUGUCGAGGGUGUACAAACAGACACUAGAAAUACUUGGUGAUUCACUGACGAGUGGGUCGCUCCCUGGAUAG